CUCUUCUCUUCAGAUUUUGAACUUUUUGUCUUGAACCAAAGUGGAGAAGGAUAAAAUGCAAAUAUGAAGCGCUUUGAAGUGAAGGCAAAGACACCUGUUCUUCUUUCUCAAACAAACCAGGCCAGUUACUCUGCCACAAAAGGUGUAAAUGACUUCACGUGCAACAGAAGGCAAAGGACACUCUAUUUUCAUGGGAGCAGGAAAAACCUUACAUUGACCAGCUGUCCAUCAUGGCAGCCCUGCCUAUCUUCCCAGGAAAAUGUUUUCAAGAAAUUUAUGUUAAAAAACUCUGCUGUGUGUAAGGUGGUUCCUUACUACACAACCUUUGUGAGUGGUGCAACUUUGUGGGAUAGAGGCAUUUACCAUCCAGCUCACAAUCGUCACCAUAAGAGACCUUCAUUACUAUGCCCCAGGUUUACAGCUCAUAUGAAAAUUUCACCUGGAAUCCUUGAGUCUCCCCAGAUGCUCAGCACCAAGUUCCGGGGCUUUCCAGUCAAACAGAUGAGUCCAAACAAGAAAAAUUUCCCAACUCAGAGAAACACCUGGAGAGAUUCAGUCUGUUUUAGAAGAGGACAGAAACAGGUUGUGCAAACAAAUAUACCCAUUCACCGUGAAUAUAAAGUUCCAAAAUUACCUCCACCAAGUUUGGCUUCCAGUGAGGAAGAUCUGGCUGAGGCAGUUGUCCACACACCUACUCCAUCAGUUAGAAACCAGGAGACCCCUUUAGCACAGACUAUUGCACCAGAAGAAAAGAAAAAAGAACCUGAAGAACCUGAGCUCUUAUGGACUAACACAGAAAUUGACAAAGAUACAGAGUUAGAUGAGUUAGACAAGCUUCAGAACAGUGUUUCUCCAUUACUUUCUGAAACAGAACACACUCCCUCAGAUUUCAGUAGGCCGACUUCAAGUAUAAAGAGCAACCAGACACUGUUCAGCUUUGAGAGAGAAACUGACUGGUCAGACACAGAACUUGAAGCAGCCAGUAGCAGUAGCCAAACCUCCUACCAACCCAUUCUGGAUACAAGCUCUCUACUGGUGGCAAGUGGUUACUGCAGUGGCUUUCUGAGCCCCAGUCUGAACAGUUCCAGUUACCAUGGCACUGCAAACAUUCUCCAGGCUUCAUCAUAUUCUGUGAAAAAAUGCUCAGGGCAAACACCUUCUUUCGUGGAAAUUUGGCAUGACCGUCUCCUGCACCACUGGCCUGUUCUUCCACCGAUCUCCCCACAAAGAGCAUGCUCGGAUACUACAUGUGAGGUCAGAUCUCAGACAUCCAAACUUAGCAAUGGUACACAAGAUGCAUUCAAUGAACUUGAAGGAAUUAAUCCACAAACAGGCUGCUCUUUGUCUCAGCACGAUGAAGGGAACUCCUCUGAGGAAGACUUAUCAGAUCUCUCAGAACUUUCUAAAAGGGUUGCGUCUUUGAACAUUGGAUGUGUAAGUGAAGAUGAAUCACUAGCUGAAAUCAGGCUUUCCUUGUUGGAUCACCAGAGUUGGGAAAAGACAGGCCAACAUGAAGGUAUUCAGAAUGAUGUGGAAGAAUGGUGCAAUGCGUCAGAAGACGUUUUGGAAUAUAAGAUGAAAAAUAUUGGAUCUGCAGCCCUAGAUGCCAAUGGUUUCCUGCUUCAUCUUGCACCUGCCUUCUUGAAAGAAAACAAGACAUCAGAUACUUAUUCAAAUAAUGGAAUAGCUGAUCAGCAGAGUAUCUACACAAUGACUGUUGGAAUGAAAUCACCAAAUACUCUGAGGAAUGAAGAAAAUUCUUUUUCUACUACUGAACUACAUCCAAAUACAGACUUGGAAAUAAAAUCAUCUAUAGCUGGAGCUUCUUUGGUUGAAGACUGUUGUUUGUUCCCCCAAUUAACAGGCUUGAAUGAAACUGAAUCCACGCUGGAGAGUAGGGACCCUCUCUCUGUUGGACACAUGAACAAGGCUCAGUUUGAUACAGUACUGAAAGAACCAGAUGAAGAGUCAAAUAAGGAUAUGGAUGGCUGUUGCAUUGGAGAUAAGAGACCUGGAGAGUCCAAAACACCCAGUCAUGCAAAUAGAGGAAGACCUUCCAAACUGGACCACACCAUUCUGCUGGGAAUGGACCAACAACGAAAAGCUGAGGGAAGACAAGCUCAAGCCUUAUACAUUUACUCAAAACUCCAGGAGACUCAAAUUCCUGCAUUCCGAGCACCUGAGACUAGGACUAUCUUCAACUUUGAAGAUUUCGACUUUUUGGCAAAAUACUGCAUCUUCAGCCAGGAGAAGUUGGCUAAGUACAAAAUGGCUUUUGAAGCGGUGGAUACUGAUGGAGAUGGAUACUUGAACUGCCUGCAAGUUUUGAUGGCUCUGAAAGAAACUGUCCCUUCAGAUGCACUAACUGAUGCUGAAGAACUUUAUGUAUAUAGGAUCUUAGAGAUUGUUGACUAUUAUGUAACAGAUGGCCUGACAGACCUCCGACUCUUCGCAGUGAUGGCUAGCUUGGCACAGAAAAUAACAGCACUGGACAAUUUCAUGAGAGCAUUGAUUGGCCGCAUGGAUUUUAAAGCCUUGGAACUGAAAAUGUACAAUGCUAGGCAAUUAUUUCUGUGGAAUAUUGACUCUCACUCCAGCAGCAUCACAGUGGACCAACUUUUGGUAGAGCUGAAGGCUGGAGGGAUAAGCGAAGAGCAUGAGAAAGCCGUGCAGAGAGAACUGCGACACAUCCAGAAACUAGAUCUUCUUGAUUUCUUGACUUACCUGCCACUCUUUGUCCUUACCCACAACUCUGUCAUUGCCAAUCCACUGGAUGAUUCGAGAACAAUCUGACCAACUACUUUAACUCUAGCAGAAGGGAAGCUGAUGUCUUAUAAAGGCUUCUGAUUUACCAUUUUCCAGCAGACACCACAGAUUGUGGUGGUGCUAAGGAACUACAGAUCAGAAACAAAUUCCAAUCAAUUCACUCAUACGUGUAAAUACAACAAGGCCUAAUCUGUAGCCCUCAGUCACCUGAGCAGUCCUUGCAGGAGUAAAUCAGAUAGAGGCUCAAAUACUGAGAUUUGUAAAUGUAAAUUUUGAAGGUACAUUUGACACCCACAGGGACAGUGGCUGAGCCACAGUCCUGGAAAUGUUCCCAAGAAUUAAACUGUGUCAGGGUUUCUGUGAUGGUGUGGCCCCCUUUAUACAUGAGGGGCCACAUUUUCAGAAGGUCUCAGCAACCACAGUUAUGCUCAAACUGGCUACUUCAUGUAGGUGCCUUGAAUGGGAAGAGUUGGAUCCAGAGCUCUUUUGAAAAUCUGACCGGUUAUCUGCCGUUAUAAUAUAUUUUUAAAAAAUUAUUGUAAAAUACUAAUAUAAUGUGUAGGAAUUCCUUUUUCUCCAUUUAUCUCAGCCAGUGCACUUUUAAGUCUGGUUACUGUGACCGGCCUAUAACUAUUGAGAAUCAACAGGUUAUUUCUAGUGUGUAGUGAGAAAUAGGCUGAAAACACAAAGGAUUAAUUUUGCCUUUUCAAUCUGAUCACAAACGUUUUGAAAUUAUAUUGUUAAACUAUCAUUGGGUAAAAUGAGAUAAACAGCAUGUGGUUCAGGGUAGUCAGCCACUGAAGGAACCUGAAUCUGCCUAAAAGAGUCAAAAGUAAGAAAAUGUAUCAGACAAAAGCUGAUCCCAGCGGGCUUGCAAGGAUGUUGUGUCAUGGGGGAUGUUGAUGUCACAUACGGCAAGAGCAACUAUGUAUAUAGGUGGCAAUCUAUAAGUCCUUACAAUAGACUCCUGUGGAACCUUUGCUUUGUCUUCAGUGGGAGUUUUGGUUUACUAAUGUUAGGUGUGUCCAAUGAUUUUCACUGUGUUUUUGUAGCAGUCACAGGUCCUUCACAAGGAUUUUGCUUAGAUACCAAAUGCAAAGCACUCUGGACCAAAUCCUCAGCUGGUGGAAAUCAAAGUAUUGGACCAUCUGAGGUAGGGUUGCCAACUUUCUAAUCGCACAAAAACUGAACAACCCUGUCCCGCCCCUGCCCCAAGGCUCCGCCCCUGCCUCGACUCUUCUCUGAGGCCCAUCCCUGCUCGCUCCCUCACCCCUUCCUCCGUCACUCACUCUCCCAUACCCUCAUUUACUCUCACCGGGUGUGGAGUGUGGGAGGGGGGUGAGGGCUCCGGCUGGGGGUGCAGGCUCUGGGCUGGAGCCGGGGAUGAAGAGUUUGG